AGAGCGGGGCGGGAGCGGGGCAGGAGCCGGGCGGGGCCGGGCCCGCCCCUCUGGCAGCGCCGCGGGCGCGGAGCCCGCCCGGCCCCGGGAGCGGAGCCGCUCCUGCCGCGGGGCCAUGGCCCUGCUCCCGCGGCGCUUCCUCUGCUUCGUCCUGGCCCAGCACUUCAUCGCGGCCACGGCGUGCCAGGAGGCUGACUACGGCUGGAUGAUCCGACACUACUGCCUCAAGGACUUCCAGGACAGCAUGGAGGGCAUCGGCCAGCGCCUCUGGUGUGACUGGGACGAGACCGUGGGCACCUACGGGGAGCUCACCAACUGCACGGCGCUGAUCGCCGAGAAGCUCGACUGCUACUGGCCCAACCGGCUGGUGGACGAGUUCUUCGUGGCCGUGCACAAGCAAUACUUCAGGAACUGCUCCCCGUCGGGCCGGGCGCUGCACGACCCCCCGAACGGCGUGCUGUGUCCCUUCAUCGUGCUGCCUGUCCUUGUCACCCUGCUGAUGACGGCGCUCGUGGUGUGGAGGAGCAAACGCAGCGAGGGCAUCGUGUAGGGGCGGCGCAGGGCAGGGGAGGGACGGGCGGGACUCCCCUUCGGCGAGCCUGGAGUUUGGGAAGAGCCUGCCAGAGGAGCGGCACGGAGGGUACGGAGCCCCCGAGGCAGGGACAGCAUCGCCAGCGCUCCUCCUCCGCUGGUUUCCAAAUAAAUGUCAUUUUAGCCAUGGUUGUUGGGCGGAGCGGGCUGCCCGGACAGCGGGGACUCCGCGGGGCUCAGCCCGCACCGGCCGCGCUCCGCUCCGCCUCUCCCAGCCGCUUCCCCGGCCUCGUGUGCCGAGCAGGAGAAUUGUAAAGGAAAAAAAACCCAGGGGGUGUGGGGUAAAGGGAAACAAACCCCAGGGGGUGUGGGGAGUUGAAAUCCUGCCAGCCCCGCGGUGCCAGCGCGGCAUCAACACACGUGAGACCAGCGGGUCUGGGUGCGCCUGAACAUCCUCGGCUUCCUCUCUCUCUGUCCUGUUCUGGGAUCCCCCCACACGUGGAAAGGCAUCUUCUCCCCCAGCCCCCCGCACAAGCACUGGGUUUUGCCUGGGAGGUGGGGGACAACGCGGGGAAGUCGGCGGUGGGAUCGGGUGGGACCGCUGGUGCCCUGGGGCUGCUAACAAGGAACGGGAAUAAGGUGCUUUACCCACCUAACUAAAUAAAUAAAUACAUGAAUAAAA